UUGUCUCUGACAUGGAAGCCUAUCAAAAUGGCAGAGAUCGUGCAGAUGUUUUUGUUUCUGUAUAAGUCAAAGUACCGUCGGAAACGUCGUCGGCCUUCACGGCAAGUAGAGCUGACACGCUUUCAAGAGUGUGGUGCGAUCACGUUGCCAUGCUUGCCUCCGCUCUGGUGGGCGGCGUUGCUCUGCUGUUGGCUCCUGCACCUUACGGCGGCCUCCUCCUCCUCGUCGACGACGACGACGACAACGGAACCAAGCUGCGACAGCGAGAGCUGCAUCAACGGGGAUUGCGUCAAUGGUACUUGCUUGUGUCGCGAGGGAUGGCAGGGUCCAGCUUGCCAAUUCUGCGGUGGCAAAGUCAGAUUGACGGAACCAACGGGAAGCAUUCACGAUGGUAUAGGCAACUACACGGCAGACGUGAGGUGUUCCUGGCUGAUCGAGAGCAGCCCAAAUUCCACGAUACGCAUGCACGUGGAAUUGUUCGCGACGGAAUGCGGCUGGGAUCACCUGUAUAUCUACGACGGUGACAGCGUCGAGGCACCUCUACUCGCGAUAUUCAGUGGUCUCAUGCACAAAGACGGCUAUCACAUACGCCGCGUGCCCGAAGUAAUAGCUCGAUCCGGCAGCGCUUUGCUCCACUUUUAUUCGGACGUUGCCUAUAACAUGAGCGGAUUUAAUAUCACUUACAAGAUCAAUGCCUGUCCAACCAGGUAUUCCUACGUCGAUUGUUCUGGCCACGGUGUCUGUAUAGAUGGUAUGUGCUCGUGCGAUACCUUAUGGACCGGAAAAGCUUGCGACGUCUCGAUGUGUCCAAAUAAUUGCUUUCACAAUCGUCAACACGGCGAAUGCAAUAGAUUGAAGCGUCGCUGCGACUGCAAGCACGCUUAUAAGGGAGUGGACUGUAGUCAAAAGAAAGAUCAUGGAUUUUGGGAGAGCGUCACUUACAAGGACUUCUCUCCCGAAGGUUCGGCCAGUCACUGUUCUAUCGUUUGGAAAGAUUCUCUCUACGUGGUCGGCGGUGAGAGUUUUCAUCGUGCCAAGAUGAUAUACGUUUAUGAUUACAACGGUAACGUAUGGGAAACCCCUCACGUAGAGGGGAAGCUACCUGCACCUCGAUAUGCUCAUUCGUGCGUACUCUUUGGAGACAAGAUAUUUAUGUACGGUGGCGUCGUACAAAAUUCCACCGUCACCAACGAGAUCUGGGCAUUCGACGUGUCGGCUAAAGUUUGGGAAAAUGUCACCGUACACGAUCAUUGUCGCAAUAAGACAAUGUGCGGACCACUUAAGGUAGCUGGGCAUACGGCGAAUCUCGUGCAAAGUUACGGGGAAAAAGAGAAAAUGGUUGUGAUCUUUGGUUAUUCGCCUCAGUAUGGUUACCUGAACACCGUCCAGGAAUAUUACUUGGGAACGCGCGAAUGGCAAAUCGUUGAGACAAUAGGUUUCCCCGUUAAAGGGGGCUACGGUCAUAGUUCUUCUUACGAUCCUUUGACACAUUUGAUAUACGUUUACGGUGGAUACGUGUCCGAGUCGCAGAGCACUCAGAUUCUGACGAAUAAACUCUAUUCCUAUCAUCCCAAGUAUCGCGAGUGGAAGAUAUUGACGGGCGCACCGUCGGCCCGAUUUUUUCACACAGGCGUCUUUAUUUCCGGCGGUCUUAUGCUCGUCUUUGGUGGUAACAUGCAUAACGAUACUCAGCACUCGCACGGUGCUAGGUGUUAUUCCGCUGAUACCAUCGCUUACGACGUUACGUGCGACACGUGGCAACAUUAUUUUAUGCCGAGGGACAUGGCCGACCUACCGAGAUACGGACAUAGCGCGACCGUUUUCGAAGAUUCCAUGUAUAUCUAUGGAGGAUUCGACGGUCAGAUGUUAUCCGACAUGUUGAGGUAUACGCCGGGACAUUGUGAACACUUGACGAAACAAAAUGAGUGUCUGAACGCGAGGACAGGUGUAAAGUGCGUGUGGGAAAAUAUAGGUCGGUGUAUUGCUAUAACGAAAAUACCGCGGCAUGCAUUACUCGAGGACGACAUGCACGAUGGAAAGUACAUGAGGUGCUUGGACGACACGCCACCGCGUGGAAUGACAUCGCACAAGGAAUUGUGCAAGGUCCUGACCGACUGCGUCGCUUGCGUGCAAACGUCGUACAAUUGUGUUUGGUGUGGUAAAAGUUGUUCCUACGAAAUAUGUCGGGAUAAUGCCAAUUCACCGGCCACCGAGGUCAUUAAGGAUUUGGAAAAGUGCGACGCGCACACUGGCGUCGAGUGUCUGCAAUUGCACACCUGUCACGCAUGUUCGAGCAAUCCGCGUUGCAUUUGGUCUUGGUCAAACGGUCCGGAUCGUUGUAAGCCGCAAUCUAAAACGCGCGAGAUUAGCAGUCUGAACGGAACCAUACAAGCUCAGCGCUUAACGAUGGAAACUUGUCGAAGUCCAUGCGCGGAAUACACUUCCUGUAGGAAUUGUACAGAAUCCGAUUGCAUUUGGUGUCAGAACGAAGCAAAGUGCGUCGACAAAAAUGCAUAUCCCGCUAGUUUUCCGUACGGCCAAUGUCGUGCAUGGACAACGAUCGAGGCAAGGUGCCGUGCCACUGGAAAUGGAAGGGAAUGGUGUAGCUUUUAUUUAUCUUGUUCGGCGUGUAGAUCGGAUCCUGGUUGUGGGUGGUGCGACGAUGGAUCCGGUACAGGAAAAGGACAAUGUUUGCCUGGCGGGGCUCGUGGUUCAAGCAGUAGGAGUUUAGAAACGUGUUCGUUCGAUCAUUGGUACUUUACCACGUGUCCAACUUGCCAAUGCAACGGUCAUAGUAAGUGUCUUCCAAACAGCAGUGUUUGUAUUCAACCGUGUGGAAAUUUAACUUACGGACAGAAUUGUGAUAAAUGCAUUCCCGGUUAUUACGGGAGUCCUUUGAACGGGGCAACGUGUCAACCGUGCUCCUGUAAUAAUCAAGGCACACAAUGUUCUAGCGAGACUGGUAAAUGUUUUUGCACGACCAAAGGCAUCGUUGGAGAUCAUUGCGAGCGAUGUGACGUAACGGGUCUUUAUUAUGGCGAUCCUACGAACAAAGGGUCAUGUUUCUACGACUUGGCUAUUGAUUAUCAAUUUACCUUUAAUUUAAGUAAAAAAGAAGAUCGGCAUUAUAGAGCGAUCAACUUUAAGAAUUCCCCACCGAAAGCUGAUAUCGAUGCCGAGUUUUCUAUAACUUGUUCAGUACUUGCAAAGAUGAACGUUACUAUUAAAAGACCAAACAGUCUAGAAAAGCCACUUCUUUUGGGUGCCAAUUGUACGACAAGCAUGUAUAAGCAUCGCUUUAGCAAGGCGGACUACAAUUUUGGUAGCGAAGAGAACAAUACGUUAACAACGUUCUAUGUAUACGUUUAUGACUUUCAGCCACCGUUGUGGAUUCAGAUUUCAUUUUCUCAAUAUUCAAAGUUAAAUCUGCAACAAUUCUUCAUAACUUUUUGCACAGAUUAUAUGCCACCGCACAGGUGUUUCCUUGCCCUACUUCUAGUAGCCGCGAUUUUAUGGAAGAUCAAACAAAAGUAUGACAUGUACAGAAGAAGGCAACGACUAUUCGUGGAGAUGCAACAAAUGGCCAACAGGGCCUUCAGUCAAGUACUCGUAGAAAUAGAGAGGCGAGACGUCGUCGACAACGAUACUGACAGAGGUGACGGUGAAUACAACAAUUGUCGAAAAAAGAAAAAGGAUGCACCUAGUCCGAUCGCACUGGAGCCCUGUUCUGGUAACAGAGCAGCAGUCUUAUCCUUGCUAGUCAGAUUGCCUACCGGUGGUGAGCCGUUUACUCCAGCUGGACAAAGUGCCGGCUUAGCGGUAGCCUCAGCCUUAGUCACAUUGGGUAGUCCACGAAGACCUUCCCAGGAAUUAACGACGAAGGAACCGAAAAAAACUAGAAAGUCGGCCAGUCAACAUCCGGAAUCCACUUGUAUUUAGCGAUAAGCCGAAGAAAGUAGACAAAAUGCAAAUGUUGCAACGUGACUACGAGCCUUAGAAUCGUUUCUGUGAUCUUGCCUGUAUUAGUGGCAGGACAAUCGAUUAUCUUAUAACUAUGACAGAGCGACGUAGCAAAUGUCAAUGUCACACGACCUACGUACAUACGUUGUGUGUCGAUGACAAAUUUUAUAAGUGGUCAAAGUUUAUUCUAUCGUCGAAUGAGAAGAACCGAAGCGUCGUUAAAACUUGGCUACGUCUUCAUUCAAAGAAAAUGAACGAGAAGAUAAUUUAAUCAAGAAAAGAAAUGAUUUUUGUAUUUAUCGUCUUACACAAAAAUUUUCGGUAAGUAGUAUUCAUUUUGAAAAUUUAUUUAAACAUUCGGCGCGAGAGGGUUUAUCAAGUAAGACGAUUUCUUCACGAAUUUAGAUAACUUUUCAAACUGUUUCUCGAAUUCAUUUAUACAGCAAGUAAAACGAGUAUCCGCGGUUAAAAAGUUAUUUGGAUUUUAAAUAACGCUUACGAAUACUUGCGUUUACUUGCUAUAGUUUCAAUCAACGAUGUAUAUUCUUGUAUAUAUAGUAUUUCUUAGAUAACACUAUUUUGCUUUUAUCGUGAAAGAUACAAUAUAAUUGAGAACGUGUUUAUUUUCUAAUUAAUAAUGUAUCGAAUCAAUUUACAAGGUAGUUUAUAUUGCCACACUUUUUACGAAUGUGGUAAAAUGCGUUUACUCGAAAGGAAUAUUCAUGUUUCACUUAUAUUUCGUAUCUUUUACGUUCAUCAAAUACAUUAACGGCAAUAGUAUAUCAUACAGGUAAAUAUAUCAUAACUUCCAACAUAAACCGGAUAAAAAUAGUGGAUUUUUAAUAUCAUUUUUACUAUUAUUACCAUCAUUGCCAUCAUCGUUAUCCUCAUCGUCGUCGUCGUCGUCGUCGUCGUCGUCGUCAUCGUCGUCGUCGUCGUCGUCGUCGUCAUCGUCGUCGUCGCCUUAUCAUCCUUGACGUCGUUAUUACAACCAUUAAUAUUAAAAUAAAAGGAAUUUCUUUUUGUUUUAUAUAUAUAUAUAUAUAUAUAUAUAUAUAUAUAUAUAUAUAUAUUAUAUAUAUAGGGGAACCUUAAUAAACUAAUUGGAAUUAGUUGAUAAUUUUGACACUGAGAAAAACAGAUUUGCCACGAGUGCUUUGAAUGUAUUAACAUAUGUUUAUAUAUCGAUAGGAAUCAAAAAUCAUGACAAGCAAGAGGAUAAAUUGUAUAUUUUCAUUUGGGUAGAAUGGAAGAUUAUUAUGGUCUGUAAACGAAUGAAAAUAAUGGGGAAUGUGUAACGGUACAAAAGUUACUGUUUAUACCAUCCUUUUAUCCUAAGAUAUGUGUGAAUAUUAAAUUCUAAAUUAUUGCAAGCGAAUGGAGUUUGCGUUAAGAAUGCAAAACUUUGUGUCCUUGUAGAUAGAACGAUAAUUCUUUAUCCAGUUUUGUACUUGAGUGGGUUGCGUAUUGUGCCAAAUCAAUUUAUCAUAUUGGUCUAAAGUCGAAUAAAAAAGUAUAAUAUUUAUUAAUAUACAAAAUUUAGCAGAGAAUGUAUAAAAAGGAAUACGUAUAAAGAUAAGGGACAGAACAAUCCAGGCUAAAACGUAUUAAUUGACAUUAGUUAUUUCUUUUUUACAGACGAAUAUUUCCAUGAAAUCUUCAUGAUUUUGUAAUUAACUAGGGCAUUGCUAAUCAUUUUUUUUACUUUGUUGGAUAAACCAAAGAGAGAAGGUUGUCAAUUUUAUAAUAAGUUAUGAUCUGGAUUGUCUUAUACUAGAAAGUGUUUUUAUCUUACAAAGUAAAAAUUAGUGCUGGUUUUGUUUCAAUCUUCUAACAAACGUUUUCUUCCAAUCUUUCAAUAAUAACAUGUACAAAUUUUUAUCGUCUUUUACUUAUUAGCUAGUUGUUUGUAUUAAGCAAAAUAUGAUCUCAUCUCUGUAUUGCUUUUAUUUUUACUCGAGCGUUUAUUAAUCUUUUAGAAAAAAUAAUGUCCAAUUUGACGUUUAAUUUCAUUCUCAAACAGAAGAAAAAAAAGAAAGAAAAAAAAGAAAAAAA